AUGACACGACGUCUCUUCGUCUUGACCCUCGGGCUGCUGUCCCUCCUCGUAGCUCCAGCCAGAGCUCAGGAUCUCAGCACAAGUCAAGUCACUCUCUCCAACACCGAAGACGUGACCUUCUUGACAGGUACCAAGACGAUUCCCGUCACCCAGCCUAGAACGCCGACGGGGCCCUAUGCGACCUACACGUCCCAGAUCACUCUCGGAAAUGGUGACCUCUCCACCAUGACCGGGACCAUGACGGUCACCGGCAACGUCACCCACACCACAACCAACUCCGUCGGCCAGUCCGUCGUCAUCAUCUCGGGCCAGACUUCGGUCGUCACCUCUACCAUGACCGGAAACUCGACCCAGACCACCACUGCUCCGGCCGGUCCGACCAACACUCAGCCGUGCAACAACUACGUCGAGUUCUGCGAACGCAAGUACAGCAACAUCACCGAGGUCGGGUGCCACAACUCCCCCUUCGUGCGCCCCGGAAACUCGGCCUCCAACCAGGCCCUCGACGUCACCACCCAGCUCAACGACGGUGUCCGCUUUCUCCAGGCCCAGAUCCAGUGGCCCACCAACGGCACUGUGCCGCACUUCUGCCACUCUUCUUGUGACAUACUCGAUGCCGGUCCCAUCACCGACUGGCUCACCACCGUUCGUGAAUGGGUCGCCUCUCACCCAUACGACGUCGUGACCAUCCUGCUUGGCAAUGGCAACUACUCCACCCCGGACCUGUACGCACCCUUCAUAGAGGCCUCGGGCAUCCUGCAAUACGCCUACGAGCCCCCUUACCUCCCCAUGACCCUGGAGAACUGGCCGACCCUCUCCCAGAUGAUCCUCGGCGGCAAGCGCGUUGUCAUGUUCCUCGACUACAUGGCCGAUCAGCAGAAGUUUCCCUGGCUGCUCGAUGAGUUCUCGCAGAUGUGGGAGUCCCCCUUCGACCCCAUGGACCGCUCUUUCCCCUGCACCGUCCAGCGCCCGCCCGACCUGCCGGGCGACGCCGCACGUGACCGCCUUUACCUCCUGAACCACAACCUCAACGCCGAGUACAACAUCUUCGGAGCCUCCAUUCUCGUCCCUGCCGUCUCCCUGCUCAACGUAACAAACAACGUCACCGGCUAUGGCUCCCUCGGCGUCGGGGCCCAGCAGUGUACCGCCGACUGGGGCCGUCCACCCAAGAUUUUGAACGUCGACUACUACAACUACGGCGGCUACCCCGGUUCUGUGUUUGAAGUCCAGGCGAAGAUGAACAACGUUACGUACACACGUGAGUGCUGCGGCAAGGUCACCGGCGCGUCACCGGGACGGCCAGCUGUGUCGGGUAUGGUUUUGGGCAUGGCCCUAGCCUGCGCACUGUUUCUGCUCUAA